AUAGAAGCUGAGAACAGAUUAAUUAUAUUCAAACAGGAUUAGUUUGACAGGAACUUUAAGAUUGAACAGACAGUGAAGGUAAUUUAUUGACUUUUCUUCUUUUAUAGAUAAAUACCAUCUGACCUGCAGCCUACAAGAAUUGGAGAGGCUAUUUUCGUACAGAAUUCCUGCAGCUCUGGUUCAUAAAGAAAAUAUUAACUUCUGAGAGAGCAAUGAUGACGUCAUCACCAACAUUACAGAGAAAUGGACGGAACUUCUUAGAUAAACACAUUUUUGAACAACUGGAUGAAAGAAAGAACGGAUUAUGUCCACAAUCGACCUUCUUUUAGAUCAUUUUCUUAUUCCAGGCCCGGUUUAUGACAGGAUACGGGCGUUCAGUGGCAGCGGUUCCUCUCAGCCCGCUAACUGGACCGGGUCAUGAUUCUGUUUCCAUCGUUCUUUUAUUUUGAAAAACAGACAACGUACCACAUACCGGAAGCAGAGAAGAGGCAGAGCGAUUAUUAUUGCGUCUGCAUCUGCGACCCGGACCAGAACCAGAACCAGGUACGUAGGUACUCCUUUGCUGUGACAUCACCUGCAGCCAUGGCUUUGAUCUCACUGGAAGACCUUGAGGCAUUAGACGAAGAGGAGCUGAAUGAUGACAUCACAAACCAUCCAGAACCAAUGGAUGAGGAGGACAGUGAACGAUUGCUCGCACAGUGGCGGGCUGUCGCCAGCACUCACCACGUGGCUGUUCCACCAGAGAUGAGUGGACCUAUCCAGGAAAUGACCAGGAACAAUCAGCAGAGGGAGGAGCUCUCCUAUGAUGUCAUCUCCAGGCGUGAGAAGAUGGGAGAGGUACAGUUUGAGGAGCGGGUCUACCCAGCCGGGUUCUGGGCCUGCGUGACUCGGAAAGAGGAUCUGUACGAACAGAGCAUCUCCAUGGGCUUCAUGAAACUGAUGCGCUUCAUCUGUAAGGAGAAUUCUGCAGGCCAGUACCUCGGCAUGACGGUGCCCGUGGUCAACGCCAUCCGCAUGCUGGAGGAUGGAAGCAGCUUCCACAAAGAGGUGGAGACAGCCAUGUUCCUGCCCAGCAGCCUGCAGAGCAGCCCCCCCCAGGCCUCUGACCCCGACAUCGCCAUCGUCCACAGGGGGCAUAUCCGGGUGAUUGCCAGACAAUUCCUUGGGACGACUACAGAAGUGACGGUGGGCCGUCAGAUCCGCCUCCUGUGGGAGAACCUGAGUCUUGAUGACCAGUUCCACCGGGACCACUACAUGGUCGCCGUUUACGAAAACCCUGGAGUGCCUCGGCGUCGCAAUGAGAUCUGGUUCAUUCGAAGACACCUGUAGGCCCCUCCCACUGCUGCUGGAAUCGCCAUGUCCUCAUUGAACACUCCUAGUAAGCGGGUUCUGCUCCUCUAGCUCAGAAUCCAGGAAGUCACAUCUGACAUCACUUCCUCUUACUGUAGUACUAGUACUAUGCAGGAUGUGACUAAGUACAUUGUGGCAGAAGGUAGUCCUACUUUGGUCCCGCCUCUCAUCUCUGCACAUGCUCAGUUUGGUCCUGAUUUUUCCAGCUUAUGGUCUUACCUCCGCACUGAUGAUUCCUUCACGCUUCAGCCACGUUGGGCCAAGAGAACCGGACC